UGGAAGAUAUUGGCGGGAAGCCAGUUUUAGGGUCCAUUUUGGACCCUUUCCGACACAUCAAAGUUGGUAAAAGUUUUCGACCUUGGAAGCGACCGCUGAGACCUAAGAGUUGAGCCACAACGGAAAUCUGGACCGACUUAAUGACAGUUACUGGACUACUAGUCUUCAAACCAGAAUUAAGGAAACUAGCCACAAUGUAUUUUGUGCCGUGCACAGCUCACUUUUUAAACUUAGUUGGUUGCUACGCUGCAGAGAAGUCUUGCUCUGAGGUGACAAUUUUCUUUUCGUUUUUUUUAAGGAAUAUACACUUUUUUUUCUUCUUUAACUUACAGAUGGGGUGUUCUAAAAGAAUUAAAAAGAAAAGCAAUGAUGGAAAACAAAAAAAAAGAACCGAAAAGCAACCAACUUUGCCAAAACCACUAAGUGAGACAAAAUGGUCUGCAAGAGCUGAUGCUCUCAAGAGCUUGGUACGAGGCUACAAACAAAUUAAACAAGCCCUUGAAAGUCUGGCUCAGGACGUUUCCCAAAAAACCAGAAACAAGAGUAUCCGCAGAGGGAUUUGAAAAGAAGAUUGGUUAACUAGAAACAAGCAUUCUUGUUAUAGUUUAAAAUGAUUUAUUGGAAAGAGUAGGUAAGACCAGCAACAACCUUCAAAAAGACGAUUUAUACCUUCUUUCCGCCAAUAAAGAAUUACAAACCCUACAAACUUUUUUAAAUAGCAAGAGAUACCUUUUUGAUGAGUAUGAAAAGAAGGCAUUGGCUCUUUGUAACAGUGUCAAUCAUCAACGCAACAGAACACGAAAACGAUUUACAGAUGAAAAUAGAUACUCAGAAGAUGAAGCAGUGACUAAUUCAAGAAAUACAUUUAGAACUAAUCAUCGACAAUAUGACUAGUCAAUUUAGAGACCGCAUGGAAAGAUACUCUUCUCUCGGUACUAAAUUUGAAAUUUUCAAAGACCUUCACGACGAAGAUUCACAUAAGAUCAACGUAGAAGUAAAGAGGCUAGCUGAGUCGUACCCAAAUGAUCUUGACAUUGAUUUUUUUAUCAAUGAGUAGGUGAAACUCGAAAACAUUAAAUAUUUAAAAUGAUCUUUUGCUUACAUCAGCAAUAAUAAUUUAAAACGUACUUUCCCUGGAAAUUGUCAUGAGAUUAUUCUUAACUAUUCUCGUGACAAGCUCUUCUGUAGAAAAAGGAAUUUUCCGCUCUUAACAGAAUAAAAAGUGAAAUAAGAUCUACUAUGGGAGAGGGAAAACUGAACAGCCUAAUGAUUUUAUAUACGGCAAGUGACGUGACCUCCAAAGUAGACUUUAACAGUGUUAUUGACGAAUUGGCUCAAAUGAAAUACAGGAAAAAAGCAAUGUUUUAAUAAAACUUCCAAAGAUAAUGUACCAAAUAAAAAAGAAGAACAUUGUAAUUAAAUGCAAAUAGAUGUAAAUAUUUUUGAAUAAUAACGACAAACGACUUUGUGGUGGGUGGUCUAUGAUGCUUUAAAUACUCGAGGAGACUUUUACUAUUUGUACAAAAACUACCUCAAUGUGUC